CUGUCAUCUUACUUCUUAUAAGUAUUCUUUUCUUUAUCUUCAAAAGAAAGCACUUGAGAAGACAAGGCUGGAAGAAUGGAACUAAAGCUUUCAUUAGGUCCGUGUCUGGUUUAUAUUCAGUUGAAAAAAGCGAUAUGAAGUUGCUGCAGUACAACCUUCAGAAAAUAAGAGAGGCUACUAACAACUUUCAUGGAGAACACAAACUUGGAGAAGGUGGAUUUGGUCCUGUGUUUAAGGGGUUUUUAGCUGAAUUCGGAGACGUAGCCAUCAAAAGGCUAAGCAAGAGGUCAUCACAAGGACUGGAGGAGUUUAUGAAUGAACUGAAGCUAAUCGCGAAACUGCAGCAUAAGAAUCUUGUCAGCCUCUUAGGAUGCUGUGUUGAAGGGGAGGAGAAAAUACUAAUCUAUGAGUAUAUGUCCAAUUGCAGCUUGGACAAAUUUCUGUUUGACCCUUCGUUGAAGGUUACACUUGAUUGGGUUACACGUUUGGGGAUAAUAGAAGGAAUUGCUCAAGGAAUGCUUUACUUGCAUAAGUACUCGAGAUUAAAAGUCAUCCACAGGGACUUAAAAGCAAGCAACAUUCUUCUAGAUCAAGAGAUGAUCCCAAAAAUAUCAGACUUUGGAAUGGCAAGGAUUUUCGGGACUGAUCAAACACAGGCCAAUACAAAUCGAGUCGUUGGUACAUAUGGCUAUAUGUCUCCGGAAUACGUAGUAUAUGGCCAAUUUUCAGAGAAAUCGGAUGUUUUCAGCUUCGGAGUAUUGCUGUUAGAAAUCCUGAGUGGUGAACGUAACUCAGACUUUUUAAUGACAGAAAUUUCCGCGUCCCUCUUAGGAUGGGCCUGGAAUAAGUGGAAAGAAGGAAAAAUCUUGGAGUUAAUUGAUCCGUCCAUAAGAGAAACCUGCGACAGUAACAAAGCAACAAUAUGUAUUCUGGUUGCCCUUCUUUGUGUUCAAGAAAUCCCUGUUGAUCGACCAACAAUGUCUGAUGUAUCUUUCAUGUUAAGCAACGAAACAACGCCUAUCCCUGAACCAAAAGAACCUGCUUUUCGUAGCAGCUGGCAAUCUCAGCAGUUAAGUGAUGUAUCCAUAAAUCAGAUGACGAUUACCUUGCCUAUACCGCGAUGA